AUGGCUACUCCAGAGCAAGCAAGUUGGGUAAUCAAGAAGAUUUUAGAUGCAAAGGAAUGGUUCAUAAAGAAUUGUCCAAAUGACACUUUGAGUUCCUACUGUAAGGGAGGUAAGUUCUAUAUCAAGAAAUUGUACAAUGCUGCAAGACCUCAAUACCAGAAGUGCAAUUGGAAGAGACUAGUGACUACAACAAAAACAAUACCAAGACACCAAUUCAUCCUUUGGUUGGCAUUACACAGAAAGUGGGCUACGGUCGAGAGACUUCAAAAAUGGGGUAUAAAAGUCAGCAAAGACUGUGUGUUAUGCAGAAGCAACACUGAGGAAACAUUUGAACAUUUACUGUUCGAAUGCACAUUCUCCAAAAAUAUGUGGAAUGCAAUGCUGCACUGGAUAGGAAUACAGCAUCAGAUAGGAAGCUGGGAUGAUGAAAUAGCAUGGAUAACAAAGGUGGUGGUGAAUAGAACAAAGGGAGAAAUUCUAGUGUUUCUAUUUACAGCAGUAGUAUAUCAGAUAUGGAAGGAAAGGAACAAUAGAAGAUUUCACGGAAUCGAGACAACAUAUAGCAAACAGAUAAAAGAAAUUGCCCUAAUGCUGCAUAUACGAGGGCAGAAAGUAGGAAAAUGGAAGAAAGAGUUAGAAAAAAUGAAUAGUUAUCCUAGCUAG